AAAUUCUCAUGCAAAGGACACUUUAAGGAGACUAUAAAAAAACCCCUUCCACCAACAUUGUUCUUCACACCAAAUCUCAUUUCUCCUUUCAUUUCAUUCAUUCAUUUUGCUUUUCUUUCCCUACCCUAUCAUGACGAUCCUUAUCGAACAGCCUCACUUUGAAGUGGAAGAUGUGAAGAAGGUUUUGAUGACAGAGCUGAAAGAAUUGGUGUUGGACGGCGGAUUUGUGGCACCGACACCGCCGGAGGGAUUCGUGGCACCGGAAAUGAAUUCGUUUGGGCAUUCGUUCAGAGAUUACGAAGCAGAAAGUGAGAGGCAAAAGGGGGUGGAGGAAUUUUACAGGAAUAAUCACAUUCAUCAAACUUAUGAGUUUGUGAAGAAGAUGAGAGAAGAGUAUAGUAAAAUGGAUCGAGUUGAAAUGAGCAUUUGGGAAUGUUGUGAGCUAUUAAACGACGUCGUUGAUGACAGUGAUCCUGAUUUGGAUGAACCUCAAAUUCAGCAUUUGUUGCAAACUGCUGAAGCUAUUCGAAAGGAUUAUCCUGAUGAAGAUUGGCUGCAUUUGACUGCUCUUAUUCAUGAUCUUGGAAAAGUGCUUCUUCUUCCUAGCUUUGGUGGGCUUCCUCAAUGGGCCGUUGUGGGAGAUACACAUCCCGUUGGUUGUGCUUUUGAUGACUCCAUUGUUCACCACAAGUAUUUCAAGGAGAAUCCAGAUUGGGAGAAUCCAGCUUAUAGUACUAAAAAUGGAAUAUACUCUGAAGGCUGUGGACUUAAUAAUGUUAUGAUAUCAUGGGGCCAUGAUGACUAUAUGUAUUUGGUGGCCAAAGAAAAUGGUUCCACUUUGCCUUCAGCUGGAUUGUUCAUAAUCAGAUACCACUCCUUUUAUCCUUUACAUAGAGCGGGAGCUUACAAACACCUAAUGAACGAGGAGGAUGCCCAAAAUUUAAAGUGGCUCCAUAUAUUCAACAAGUAUGAUCUCUACAGUAAGAGCAAAGAACUUGUUGACAUUGAAAAAGUUAAACCAUAUUAUAUUUCCCUUAUUAACAAGUACUUCCCGGAAAAGCUCAGAUGGUGAUCAAAUACAAUUCAAGAUUGCUACCGGCGGCCGGCGACGGAGAGACACAUUAAUAAUAAUAAUAAUAAUAAUUUUUUUUUUU